CUUUCACCCCUUUCCAGUCCGGACACUUUCACCCCCUUCCAGUCCGGACACUUUCCCCCCUUCCAGUCCGGACACUUUCACCCCCCCUUCCAGUCCGGACACUUUCCCCCCCUUCCAAUCCGGAAACUUUCACCCCUUUCCAGUCCGGACACUUUCUCCCCUAUCCAGUCCGGACACUUUCUCCCCCCUUCCAGUCCAGACACUUUCACCCCCUUCCAGUCCGGACACUUUCUCCCCCCUUCCAGUCCGGACACUUUCCCCCCCUUUCCAGUCCGGACACUUUCCCCCCUUCCAGUCCGGACACUUUCCCCCCCUUCCAGUCCGGACACUUUCCCCCCCUUUUCACAGUCCGGACACUUUCCCCCCCUUCCAGUCCGGACACUUUUCCCCUUCCAGUCCGGACACUUUCCCCCCUUCCAGUCCGGACACUUCCCCCCCCUUCCAGUCUGGACACUUUCCCCCCCCUUCCAAUCCGGACACUUUCACCCCUUUCCAGUCCGGACACUUUCACCCCCUUUCCAGUCCGGACACUUUCCCUGCCUUCCAGUCCGGGACACUUUCACCCCUUUCCAGUCCGGACACUUUCCCAGUUUUCCAGUCCUAACACUUUCCCCCCCUUCCAGUCUGGACAUCUUACCCCCUCUUCCA